AGCCUCCACGGGAAUUAGCACCGACGUCCGCCCCGAACCAGCCCCAGCCCUGAGAGCAGCCUCCGCUCAGCCCCGGGUGCAGCGCGGCCCUGGACCCGGCAUGGAGAAGGACUUCCCCGACACCCAGCAGCUGGACCCCGAGGAGAAUGAGCACCAGCUGGACUGGGGUGAGGGGCCAGGCAGGCGUGGAAACAGGCCCAGGGGAGCAGAGGCAUUUUGGAAAGGAGCGCCCCCUCCCCAGCCCUCGCUGCUGCGUAGGCUCAGCUCCAGCCUCUGGCUCAGCCUGCUGGUCCUGGGCUUCAACGUGCUGCUGCUGGUGGCCGUGGGCGUGAUCGGGUCCCAGAGAGCCCAGAUGCAGAGGGAGUUUUGGGCCCUAAAGGAUGCUUUCAGCAACUUCUCGGCCAGCACCCUCACGGAGAUCCGGACGCUCGGCUUCCACGGGGGCAGCACGAGUGACAAAGUGACAUCCCUGGAAGCCAAGCUGGAGAAGCAGCAGCUGGAGCUGAGAGCAGAUCACGCCACCCUGCUCUUCCACCUGAAGCACUUCCCCGCGGACGUGCGCAUCCUGUCCUGCCAGAUGGCCUUCCUGCGGAGCAAUGGCACGGAGUGCUGCCCCAUCGGCUGGCUGGAGCACGCCGGCAGCUGCUACUGGUUUUCUCGCUCCGGAUCGAGCUGGCCGGAGGCGCAGAAGUACUGCCAGCUGGAGAACGCCCACCUGGUGGCCAUCAACUCCAGAGAGGAGCAGAAAUUCGUCGCUCAGCACUCGAGCCCCUUUUACACCUGGAUAGGUCUCACGGAGAGCGAUGGCUCCUGGAAGUGGGUGGACGGCACAGACUAUGGCAAAAGCUACAAGAACUGGGCCUUCGGUGAACCCAACGACUGGCAGGGGCACGAGGAGGGCGGAAGUGAAGACUGCGCCGCGGUCCGGGAGGACGGGCGCUGGAACGACGACUUCUGCCUGCAGCUGCACCGCUGGGCGUGCGAGAUGGCGCGCAACAGCACGGGCUAGGAGCCGGCCCCGCAGACCUUCACCCCCACCCCACCCCCACCCUCUCCCCGCUUCUCUACGGGGAUUUGGAAGGAAGGAAAGA